ACGCGGGCGAACUCUGGUUCUCCCAAUCGGUGCGCGGCGCCGGCAAUUCAAACUGACAGCCGGUUGGAAAGGCAGAGAGAGCGGAAGAAGGAGCAAAAAACGACGCGUUCGGUGACAGAGACCCCAGCGCCGGCUGAGCCCCCAUAGCGAUCUCUGCCCCGUCCCGCCAACCCCACCGCGCGCUCCGGAGCGGCCGCUCGGAGGGAGACCUAAGGGGACCGCGGGCGGCACGAGGCAGAGCUGAGGGACUGGGGACCGAGAGAAACGGCGCGAGAGCCAGUCUGCACGCUGAGGGCUGGGGGCUGCCUGGAGAGAAGUGAAGCGGGAGCUCGCGAGCGAGCAGAGCGGGGGAGGGUCCCGGGAGGACUGAGGACAACCAGGGGUCGUGGGAAAAGCUGAGGGGAUUUCUGGAUCCUGGGAAGAGGAGAAGGAUUUCCAAAGACGAGGCGUGGGUAGGGACGCUUGGCCGGCGGUCGGAGCGGGAGGCCUUGGAGAGCUCCGAGGGAGGGGCUUAGGAGGGGAGCUUUCUCCGGAAGACGCUGCUGGAGAAAGCUUAGGGAAUUGCUCAAAGGGGCGGGGGCUGAAGCGUAGAGGAGCCUUUUAGCCUCGGGGCUGGGGAGCCUGCUGUAGAGAAGUUCCCGAGGCCCCUUGCAGCUCGCGCCUCCCCAGCUUCAAACCCCACUCCCUUCCCCGAGCGCCUCCUCAAUAAAUACUGCUUUCACCUUCCCACGGGAAACAGAAAAGAACUCAUUUCCUUCCCAACCGAGGGCUUAGAAGAGCUCUAGACCUCGCGAUCUAAUUUUUAACCCCGGGGGAAUCAAACGAGGAAAGGGGCUGCUCUUGUCUCCUCUUUCAAAAUCCCACAUCGCAUCCUUCCCGGGACGCCAUGUCUACCAGCACUUGUAGUUUCAAGGACCGGUGCGUGUCCAUCCUGUGUUGCAAAUUCUGUAAACAAGUGCUCAGCUCUAGGGGAAUGAAGGCUGUUUUGCUGGCUGAUACUGAAAUAGACCUUUUCUCUACAGACAUCCCUCCUACCAAUGCAGUGGACUUCAUUGGAAGAUGCUAUUUCACUGAAAUCUGCAAAUGUAAACUGAAGGACAUCGCAUGCUUAAAAUGUGGCAACAUUGUAGGUUAUCAUGUGAUCGUUCCAUGUUGUUCCUGCCUUCUUUCCUGCAACAAUGGACACUUCUGGAUGUUUCACAGCCAAGCAGUUUAUGAUAUUAACAGACUAGACUCUACCGGUGUAAACUUCCUACUGUGGGGCAACUUACCAGAGAUAGAGGAGAACGCAGACGAAGACUCGUUAGAUAUCUCAGUGGAGGACUGGAUUCGAUGAAGGGGAGGGAUAAUGACAUGUGUAAUAUUCAGACUCUUUCCUAUUUAAAAUACAUAUUAAUGGAUUGACUUUAGAAGUAUUAGUAAGGAUUUAUUACUGAUUUCUCUUUUGGGGGG